AACAACAAAAGCAAACAACUAACAUUACCCUCCACUCCCAUUUCUCACCGGUCACCAACGCCCAACAAAGAACAACCGAACUAGUUGUAGUUAUGGCGAGAAAGAGAGACAGAGAGAGGUUUAGAGAGGAUUGAAGGGUGAGACAGACUCGGUUUGACGGAGCGAAAUUUGCAGAGAGAGGAAUAGAGGGUUAGAGUGAGAACUUCAUCUACAUAUAUACAUAGACGGAGAUAGAGAGAGAGAGAGGGACUAUGGCAGAGAAGGAAGAUUCUGCAAGAGUUUCUUCGGCACCAGCACCAUCACGUCCUACGAUAACGCUCCCACCACGUCCAUCCAUGGAGACCUUCUUCACCGGUGGGUCCGGAGCCAGCCCCGGACCCAUGACUCUGGUCUCCAGCUUCUUCUCCGAUAACUACCCGGACUCUGGCUGCCGAUCCUUCUCUCAGCUCCUUGCCGGAGCCAUGGCCUCUCCGCUUGCGAGGCCUAGCUUCUAUACCGAAAAUUCCACUGGUAAUUCCACAAAGGAACCGGGUCCCGAUUCGGUUUCUGGGUUUAAGCAAAGUAGGCCGAUGAAUUUGGUGGUUUCUCGGUCACCAUUGUUCACAAUUCCACCCGGGUUGACCCCCUCUGGCUUGCUGAACUCCCCCGGGUUCUUCUCCCCGCUGAGCCCCUUUGGAAUGUCUCAUCAGCAGGCCUUGGCACAGGUUACAGCUCAAGCUGCACUAGCUCAAUCCCAAAUGCUAUCUGAAUAUCAACCUUCUUCAGUAGCAGAUCCGACAGAGUCACUGACACAUAAUCCAUCCUUUACUCUAAGUGAAGCUUCACAAAUGCAGAUGGCACCAUCAACAUCAGACCCCAGAAGUUCAAUGAUGGAGUCAUCAGAGGCCUCUCAUUCUGAUAUGAAAUACCAACCUGCUUCCAUUGCCAUUGAUAAGCCUGCUGAUGAUGGCUACAACUGGCGUAAAUAUGGGCAGAAGCAGGUGAAGGGCAGUGAAUAUCCGCGAAGCUAUUACAAAUGUACACAUCUGAAUUGCCCUGUCAAAAAAAAGGUUGAGCGUUCUCCUGAUGGCCAAGUAACUGAAAUUAUCUACAAAGGCCAGCAUAAUCAUGAACUGCCUCAACCCAAUAGGCGUGCAAAAGAAGGUAGUGAUCUAAAUGUAAAUAUUCAAGCUAAGUCAGAUCUGUGUCCUCAAAGUCGGGCUGGAAAUCAGAACAAAUCAAGUGAAACAGUAUCGGCUUAUUCAGUUCCUCAGGUGGAUCAGGAAUCUACUGGAGCAGGGGCCCUGAAGUUACCUGGAUCAAGUGAUAGUGAGGAAGAAGGCGACGUGGAAGCAAGAGGAGAGGGAGAUCUUGAUGAGCCAAACCCAAAGAGAAGGCAUGUUCCCAGUCUCUCACUGUACCUAAUCAUCAUUUUACCUUUUUUUCUUGGAGAAAUAAAUUCCUUGGUGUGCAGGAUCACAGAUACUGGCACAUCUGAGGUAACUCUCAGACACAAGACUGUCACAGAACCUAAAAUUAUUGUGCAAACAAGAAGUGAAGUUGAUCUUUUAGAUGAUGGCUAUAGGUGGCGCAAGUAUGGGCAGAAGGUGGUAAAAGGAAAUCCUCAUCCAAGGAGCUAUUACAAAUGCACAAACCCGGGAUGCAAUGUCCGUAAGCAUGUUGAGAGAGCUUCAACAGAUCCCAAAGCUGUCAUAACCACAUACGAGGGAAAGCACAAUCAUGAUAUCCCAGCAGCUAGAAACAGCAGCCACAACACAGCUGAUAGAAUUGCACCUCAGAAGGUGGUGGCUGAGAAACAGUCACUGCUUAAAGAGACAGGUUUUGGAAACAAUGACAAAAGGCCAGUGCUUCUACAGCUAAAAGAAGAGCAAAUACGUGUGUAAACUUCUAUGCUGAAAUCUCUUCUGCAUCCAUCAGGUCAGGUGGUUGAUGCCGGUGGACUAACACGGCAUAUAUAGUUGAAGCAAUUUAGAGUAAAUUAAGAAAUCACAUGAUAGCUAGGCUUAUUGGCGUUCAGCUGAAAUAGUUUAUGCGUGUGUAAUUCGUUGACGAGGCUUUGUUGUAGUUUUUGUUAUACAGAAGUAAGAGGCUUUCUUUUGUACGUUUAAAUUCAGAAAUUGGUCUCCUCUGUGAUUUUGUUGACACCUAGAAAAUAGGAGAUUACUCUUUGAAGUUACAUAUGGAUUUAGCAGCCAGUCUUGUUUAA